UGGAUUAUUGCGCAAUGCCAUUACAAUGCGAUCAUGCACUUUCUAGCUGUACUUGUGACCUUAUCAUUGUUUCUUAGGGGAUUCAUUUUUCGUUGGACAUCCUGUGGUUUCGGGCCUGUGAAACAGUUUGUGUGUCAGGGUAGAAAGUGCAUGGGUUUCUGUGUAUAUAAUGGUGCUUAACGAUGAGGGGUUCUUAGAAUAAUGUACAUCUGUUUUAAAGUAAAAAAUGUGCCAGACAAGUAUUAACUUCCUUUUUAAUUUAUCAUUUAAUUUAAAAGACUUCAUACACAAAGAUUCAAAACUUCGGGGAAAUGAGCUUUGUUCGGAAGGAUUUUAGUUGCAAGCGAGGAAUGUAUUUACUAUAAUGUAGCAUUUAUCUUGCAAUUAUUUAACAGUUAAUGCUAAUGCAGGAAUAUGCAACUUAAUUGUAAAGAAAUUUGAACAUACCAGAAUCAGGGAAUAACACGAUUAGUGAUUUUGUGAAAUGCAGGAAUGGACAGAAAUCGUCAGUUUGACCAUCAGAAUGAAUUUAUUUUGUAGACUUUAAUGCCAAGUUUGUAAGGAAGUCAUUUUCAAAUGCGUUUAAAGGACUUAGAUAAAAUAAUGUGGAAUUUCACGUCGAGGAACUUGUGUCGUUGAAACUAACGUAGGUGAAGAAUGUACGCGUGGCACGAGUUUGAUGAGACAGAACCUGAGUUGGAGAUGCUGGAGUGGACGGCGCUGGAGCGGGAGUAUGCCACAAGCGAGGAUGAAGAUCCUGAAGAGCUCUACUACCAGCGAGUACAGGCGGGGGGUCUCGAGCCUCUGGACACAAUCUUUGUGAAGACCGUUCGAGACGGGGGACCUGCCCAACGUGCGGGGCUCAAUCCUGGGGACCGGAUCAUAUCCGUGAAUGGGGAACCAGUGACUGGGAAAUCGUACGGACAAGUUAUCUCUCUUAUUCAGCAGACGACGACGGACCUGUCAAUUCUGGUCGUACCAAAGGAGGAAGAUAUAUUGCAAUUGGCUUACCAGACAUCGAGCCAGUCAAUCGACUCUGACUACGGAAGUCAGAGCUGUGAUCGCUACAGUCGUCAGUCGUCAAUGGAAACUGCAUCUCGGUCCAGUAGGGAAGCUCGAGAUCGUAAAGUUCUUUCCACCAGCUCCCUUGAUACAAAUUUAACUGUAGACAGUGCUGAAUCAUAUCGACCGAUUGACCCAUCUCGUCGUACGCUACGGACGUCAACUUCGUAUACAUCUGGUCUGACCGUUCAUAGGGAUAAUCGGGAUAACAGUAAUCAGCCGGAACCUGUAACGAUGAAUAAAUCAGUUUUUAUGGAUAGAAGGCGAGAGUUUGAAAACCGAUCAGCUCAGGAAAAUGUGAAUCCUACAAACAGUAAAGCUUAUUCGUUUGGAUUAUACUUUCCUAAGAAGGAAACUCAUGUGAAUAGUGCUGAAAAUUUAGCAAAGUCAGUUGUGAUACGCCGAUCUAGGGAAAGUGUUUUACAUUCGACUGAUUCUCAGGAGAAUAUAUCCAAGCAAUCGACUAAUGUAACUAGGAAUGUUCCAAUUGAGUAUCGACAUAGUUCUAGCCCCGAUACCCGGGAGCGAUAUCGCUCCACAGACGGGAUGGUUCGAGACGGUGAAGUCAAUCCUGGAAGAACUGGUAGCUCUGUGCGACACAGUUUCCCGGAUUCUGGGCUACAAGUGUGGACCUCGCCCAGUCGUCAUGCAGGUGAUACUAGUUCCCCGUAUGGCUUUAACCAUGGCACCCCAACUCCAGACAGUGUAAUUAACAAACGAGAGAGCUAUGCGGGACCUACGACAACAACCACUAGACAGUAUGUGCCUGUAGUUAAUGAAUCUGCCAUUUCAAAAAAUCAAAAGAUGUCCGCAAGUGUGGAUAGUAUAGACCCUAGAUCUAACGUGUUUCAUACAGAGCAAAGUUUACGUACAGCGUAUAAUAGUAACAAUUCACAUACAAACGAACAGAAGCAGCAACAUCAGUCUCCAUCCAGUAGAACUUUUAUAGUUAAGAUAAACGGUGGUGAGGACAGAAGUAUGACUCCGACAAACAUACAGUCUCCUCAAGCAAGUGCGCAUUCUUAUGGCACAGCGUUUGCUGUAACUAGGUCACCCACUUCGGCGGAAAUUGAAAUUCGCCAAAAACGGGAACCACGAAUUUUGGUAUCGCACAGAAAGAAACAGUUUGAGGAACGAAGUGAUACUACGCCUCCCUCAUCAAUAACAAGUAUGGCUCCUACUCAUAGGUAUAAAACAGAAAUUGAAAAAUUCACCACGUUUAGAAAGUUUGAUGGAAUUCAAUCCAGGCUAGCAUCUUUUGAGAAGACCGGCAGCAAUGGUGAACGUUCUCGAUCUCGUUCACAAACACCUGUUUCUGCCCAACCAAUUAGUAGAGUUCGACAGAUGUCACAGGAGCGAAUCCAUUCGCCGGAACCCGCUCAAUCUAAUACUCAGUACUCACCUCAGGGAACGAGCCAAUCAAAUUACUCUGAUUCUGCACCAAUCAGAAUCUAUGUAUCUCAAGGCAGUGCCAAAACCUCAGGGUCGCCGAUCGUGGAGAUUGUUCCCAUGUCUAGGGGACAAGAUGCGAGGGAUUCGCGCUCCAUGGAACCCAGUAGCGUGUACAGUAGUCAUGGUAACCUUGAGUCACAUGACCAGGGCGAUGGGGACGGGCAAAAACCAGUGCGGAAAGCGUCAUUUCUGUCAGCUGUGAAUGCACCUUAUAGUAGAUAUCUGCCCCAGACUGGGUACGACGGGGAAACCCCCGUGUCGGAGACGCCGAAAUCCUCACGCUCCUACACGCUUGGCCCGCGGGAUGGACGUGACACACCCACCAGUGCCACGCCCCUCUGGAGAAUGCCAAGCCCGACACGCGCUUUGUCCCCUACGAGUCUGUGUGAGCGCAGUAUGAAUGUUACUGUGACAACGAGCUCAGUUGCCAUGACAGCAGGCUCCACCACUGUGAGGCUCCGAAACAAACCAGAAAUGUCGGCAGAGGACCAUGAGACGAAGCUCCACAGGCGGACAUCUUACCUGAUGGCCACGGCCAAGGACCGGUCAGCAGCUACACUGACCAUGUCUCCUGGAUCCUCUCCCAUACCCCUUGACCCCAACACGCCUGCCACUGUGAUGAGCAAACACAAGAGUAUGAGGAAACUGAAGGACUUCUUCGGAGAAAAGACUCCUCGUAUAGUAGAAGCCCAGGAGAAACGUGAACCAGUCAGUCCCAUACAGCAGGUCACACGAGAGGGAAGUUUAGGGGUCAAGGUCGAUGUUAUAGAUGGAAAGCGAGCGAGUGAUCGUUCCUGGCGUCCAGUAUGGGCGGUGUUGAGAGGCCACGCCCUCUUCCUGAGCAAGGAGCGAAGAGACCCCGCUAAUUAUGUAGUACAUGCUCUCUCCGUGAGAGUGCGUUCAAGCUCUUCCCAGUCGAACCUGUUCGCAUACGAUGAGCAGCCAAUCUCGAUUAAGGCGUGUAUCGUCGACAUUGCGCAUAGUUACACAAAGCGUAAGAACGUGUUUCGUGUGAAGACGUACAAUGGCUCGGAAUAUCUUCUCCAGGCGGAGGACUCUGAGGAUAUGUUAGCGUGGAUCGCUGCCAUCAAGGAGAAUAAUAACCCUGACUUUGAUUCCAGUGAAGUUGCCCGCACCGAGCUGAUCAUUCGUAAGAGUCAGGAGUUAGACACGGCCCCACAGAUAAAUGUGUCGCCACCGCAGACGCAGAAAAUGAGCAAAAAACUGUCCGUCUUAUCCAUAAAACAGAAGAUACCUCACUCACCCAGUAUUAAACGACGCAAAACUUCCUCCGGGGAUAAGCUGGAUAAAGAUGAUAGUGGUAAAGAGUCUGGCAAGGAAUCCAGCAAGUCAAAGACCUGGAAGGGCAAAAUCGGUAAAAGUUUCAAGAAGCACAUGGGGUCAAGUCCCUCCCCCUCGGGCCGUAUAUCAACUGUGGUGGAGUCUGCAGGCAUGUUUGGGUCGUCACUGGAAGAUUGUGUGCCUUCUCCUAAUAAUGAGUUUGUGCCGCUGAUAGUGGACCUGUGCAUCCAGAUUGUAGAAGCCCGGGGCCUGGAACUGACGGGCGUGUACCGUAUCCCGGGUAACAAGGCUGCUGUCACUACCCUUCAGGAAGAGUUUAACAAGGGGAUAGACAGUAUGAACCUUGACCAUGAGAAGUGGGCCGAUGUCAACGUGAUCUCCUCUCUCCUCAAAGCCUUUUUCAGACAGCUCCCCGAGCCUCUCAUACCUGAUGACCUAUACCAGCCAUUCAUCGACGCUAACCGUCUUGAAGACCCUGAGCGUCGCAUGCUGAAACUCAAGCGUCUGAUACAUGAGUUACCGGAGCAUCAUUUUGAGACUUUCAAACACUUAGCCAGACAUAUGAACAAGGUGGCACAGUAUGCUGACAUCAACAGGAUGGAAGCAAAGAAUCUUGCAAUUGUCUUUGGGCCGACGUUGAUACGGAAGGCAGAUGACAACAUGGUUGCAAUGUUUACAGACAUGUCCGACCACUGCAAGAUCAUUGAGAGCAUUGUAUUACAUUGUGAAUGGUUCUUCGGUUCGUGGGCCAUGGAUGAUCAUGUUCCGACAGACGAUGACGCCACUGAAUGUACGUCCCUUCUCUCCGCGCCUUCCUCCGGUAUCAGGGAAGAUGGAGACUUGAACCCAAGGGACAUUGUAUCCAGCAUUGUAGAGGCCGCCAACAGAAAAUUACGAGGCGACGUCCACACCACUCCCCACCUGGAAAAACGAAGUGUCUCUGUCAUCGAACCUCCCACGGCUUUCAGUGAACGAAACAUUGAUCAGGAGAUACUGCUUCGCACAAAGAGGAUCGAAAAUACAUCAAGAAGUAGUCCGAACUUGGCUGCCAUGCAACGAUCUGCAGAGAUUGUAAAAGUGCCGGCACAUGACACACAGCCAGAUAGACGGAUGGCUAAGUCACAGGAAUAUGUUGACAGGGAGUUUACUGAUUUUGACUAUAUUGAUUCUGAAAAGGAGAAUUCAACAGCUUACUUGACUCCAACUACUAGGUAUUUUUCUGAUGAGUCUUUGUUAGAUCGUAACGAUGAGCUAGAACUGUCUCAUGGGACUCCCACUGGUAGUUUAAGUCGACUAAGUCGGGAAACUAUAAAUAGUUUGCGAAGAAUUGAGAUGGAAGCUCGUGCGUUACGGGAACGUGAGGAGCGCAGACAGAGGGAAGAAAACAAGAGAAAACUAGAGAAACAGAGAAUCGAGGAGAACAUAAGACAAACGCAACAAGAGUUGGAGAUUGAGGAUAGACAUAGUGUAGAAGAUCUCCUAAAUGCUCCCCAAUUUGGGCUUAGUAACUCUGACUUUACACGCAGGCCUGAUGCCAGUCAGGGGUCGCGAAGUGGCACUAGGAGUAGCAAUAGUGGUAGCAGAUAUAGUGGAAGGGACGCUGGUAGUGGUGGGAAGUACUUUGUGGUAAAGGGUAAUUCUGGGUCUUCCUCAAGGUCGGGCCGCCCCCCGAGGCAGGUCAGUGUGGAGUCCUUGAGUGUGCAGUCAAAACGGACUGGUUCUCUUGAGAACAUGGCUGAUGGGAGGUCGCAAACUAGCUCGUCGAGGCCAAUGGCUCAUGUAAGGGCUAGAACUGGUGAUGAAAGAUCGAAACGCGAGUCUUCGGAGAUAAAGAGGCGUAGUGGUGGUAGUGGAUUCAGUCGGAAUGGUUCCAUGAGAAGAGGGUCAUUAGAUUCUCUCAUAGACUUGUUAGAAAAACGUGACAAUAGGAUGUCAUGGGCUUCUACAGAUUCUGAGGAAGGCUAUGACCUUCUUACAACUCUUACCUCAACUUUCGAUCAAAAGUUACAAACUCUAUCCAACUCGAAACUGCUACACUCGGCAGCUAUAAAGGCAGCUAGGAGGUCUAUGUACAAUAGUAGUAAUAGUAGUAAUAGCAACUCUACAGGGACCUCAAGUGGGGAAAGUAGUGAUGUGCCCCAGCAUCAUUUACCCCCUCAGGUCCCCCUUGCCAUGAUGAGUAGGCCACCCCCUGCAAUUCCCUCUGACCCAUCAAAUCGCCCCUAUAGGGACCCCAGUUUACAUCGAACCCCACCCAAGCCUGACACAAAAAUAGGGUUGGCUACUCGCUUUGAAAGGACUACAACACCCAACCCUUUGUAUGAGGGUCACAGUGAACCUAGUCUAAAUCUCCUUGCUAGAAACUGUAACAACAAUAGUAAUAUGAAUUUACAAAGUGAAGUGACUUAUUCAGUGGACAAUGCAAUAGCUAGUGGAAGUAGCACGGUUUUUCGUCACAUGCCGAGAUCCGAGAGUGAUUCACGAGUAUCGUCAGUGAUGGUGGUGAUAUCGAGUCCCUCUGUGAUGUCGGCAGAUAGUUGUGGUCACUUAGCAACACCCAAGUUCAUCUCUAAACCUUUAUUAAGCACACAAACAUUGCAGCCAAAGUGGGAGAGCCACGCCCCCUCUGUAACCCCACCCACUCUUACAAAGCCUCUAGAAUACCGGCCAAUCAGUAAGUCAGAAAAAACGCAGGUGAACGUUAAACUGUCUCAGUGUGUUGACAAAAACAAAAUGAGCAGUGAAAUUGCUAAAGAGACGAAAGACAUUAGCAAUGUAACUAUAACGAAGUCAAGAUCAGCUUCCCCACCACCUUCAAACAGAAAAAGAAGUGAAAAACGUAAACGUAGAAGGCAUACGGUUGGAGGUACCGCUGAUUCAGAAAACAUAGAGGCUAUAUCAGCUGCGACGUCAGCCACACGCUUAUCAGCAUGGGAACAGUUAAGGCCGAUGGUUAGUCAUAGCAGUAAUAUCGGGCCAAGUAGUAGUAUGCUGACUUGGCUCAGAAAUGAGCGACUUAGAGCUAGUAAUCCAGAUAUCGCACGUGACUCAAAAGCAGCUAGUAAGAACUGAAUCCUGUGCCAAAGACCACCAAGGAAUAUUGCUUUUUUUCACUUAUUUGUAUUUUAGGUCUUAAAAUAAUCAAAAUUUAAAAAGAGAGGUGUUUAUUUUAUUCAAGUCACUGUCUUUUUAAUCACAUACUGAAAAUGUUUAGGUUUUUUGUUGUUAUUGUUUUUUUAUUCAUUUGUGUUUAAAAUAGUCAAAAAAAUAUUGAGAAGAUGAGAUUUGUUCUCUUAAGAUGUAACUAUUCUUAGGGUCUUACACUCAUUUUAAUACUUAGAUGGACACUUUUUUAAGUCAGUUGUUUGUAUCAUUUAGAGCGAAGUCUGAUCUGUCUUUCUGAUCAGGGAAAUACACAUUGAUUGUAUUAAAAUGCUAGUAUUAUUAUGACAGAGGUUAAAAUAACCAGCCUUACCUUAGUGUAAUUACAUGAUUUUUUUUUGGAAUCUAACCCCAAUACAAACAACAGAUAUGUUUGGAAAAUAGCUCAUUGAGGCUGUUCUUAGGGCUAUUCCAUUUAAACAUAUAACCCGCGGAGGGAAGGCACUUUUGAAUUAUGCCACCCCCCUACAGAAGCAAAUUUACCCUUUUAGGGCCCAAUUACUGAAAAAAGACACCCACCCAUAUACUAUGGAAAUACAUUUAAUUGCCUUCCCCCCAGGGGUUAUAUGUUUUACUGGAAUAGCCCUAAGCAUAUACCUGACUUUUAAAUAAAGAUUCUUGUAUAUGUCUUAGACAGUUGCUUUGCUUUACAACAAUUUUUUUUAAGUGCAAACAUAAUUCUAGUUUUAUUUCUUGUUUCGUAAUCCUUAAAGGAGGGUUGUAUAUUUUUUCAUCGGAUUUAUAUUUAUCAGUAUUGAUUGUAAAUUAUUGAUGAAAAUGCAGCAAAUUUAAAUUAUUAUUGUGAUUUCUUGUAUUCUAUACUAUAACAUCUUUUUCCCGUCAUAGAGGUUUUCUGGAAAUGAAAUCUCUUCACUGUAGGACAUAUUUUAUCGAGAGGAAAUAUUGAAAAUUAGUAAUAAUUAGCAUUGGAUUAGGUCUAAUUUGUUACUCUUACUAACAAUGUCUCCGCUAAUUAAAAGUCCCAGUGCCUUUGGAAAUACCUUUAUUGCAAUAGUUGAAAUCAUUUCUACAAGUUUCAUGACUAAAUAAGCUUCACUUUUUUGCUUGUUUUACUGCUACAAGAUUCAUGGAUUGUUUGCAAAGGCAAAUCUUUAUUAAUGCCGUUGGUCGAUAACUUUUCUGAGAUUGGAUGUUCAUCACAUUUCAUUUACAUAAGUGUAUUAUCAAUCCUUUUAAUUACUUAAUUUUUAUAAGUCAGACUUAACUUUGAAAGUUUUUCAUUCUUCAAUUCAUUUUCUUCAUUUCAUCAUUUUCUAGUCUUUUCGUUUUCGACAUCUCUUAGAUUAGAUAAGGAACCAGGAUGAAGUUAUAACUGUUUUUGUAUUUUCGAGAUAAUUUACAAGAAAUAUCAGAUUUUAAAAAUCGUGUUUUGAUAUAAAUUUAUCCAUUUAAAAAAAAAGUGUUUUCAGAAAGGUUUCAUGUUUAUGAAUCAUCAGACUAAGUUAAAACUAUUUUCCCUUUUUAUGAACUUUUUUUUAUUAUUAUUCUAGCUAUAAAUGUUUUAACUAUUCAUUAAUGCAAUUAUUUAGUUUUUACUCUAUUACAGUUUAAAUCUCAAAAAAGACAUUCAAUAAUUUUUAUGUUAGAAAGUCAUAACUCAUUCAUUUUGAAAGCCCAUGGAUAGACUCAUAAUUAUUUUGAUUUUUUUUACUAUUAAGUUACGAAAUAAAAGUUCCGGCUCACAUUAGAAAGAGUGUGAAACAUAACUUGUUUGUGUAUCUGUAUGUAUGGACUACUUUUUGUGCACUACUUCAUCCAGGUGCAUGACAUUUUGUGUUCUUUGUACACACUUAAAAUGACAUGUAGCUAUUAAAACAAGGAAAGUGGUUUAAGCUACAACAGCGAGUCUACAAGUAAACCUUUAAAGAGAAAUUUUAGCCUCGAAAAUCCAACUCCAUCAUUCAAAUGUAAGUGCAGCUACAUGCACGAACAAGUUCACGGACAAGCAUACGGACACAUACACGUCGUGUUUCAUUCCUUUCUAACAUCAUAAACUUAUCUUGCGUUUCUCUCAUUUACUUGUGUUAAUUUUCUUGCGUGCUUUUUUAAGGCUGUUUAGAUUGGAACUUGCAAAUUUUAUGAUAUUACAAUUAUAGAGGUUUUUACAUGUGCUUUUUUAUUCAUCACCAGGGUGUACUGACGUUUAUCGCAAUUAUAUCAAAAGUAUUAGUUUAACAGAAAUCAAGGAUUUAACAAAGCCUCGGAUAUACCUAUGUAUUGUAUGAGACUUUAACUUAUUAUAUAUUUUCGGUUUUAUAAGUGUAAAAUAUGUUAUAUAGUGUUACUUACAUGAUGUACAUAUUUUAUUUGAUGAUAAUAAAACUUAUUUGUUAAAGUCUU